CUGCUUAAAGCUCUUCUCUUUUCUUCUUCUUCAUCAGAUCUCUCACUUUCUCCGACCACCACCUGCGCAUUUCUUCAUUCACCAGGUUUGUUCGAGCUCCUUGUUUUACUUGAUCAAGCUUGUUCUUUUUCGUUAUAAGGCCUGAACGAGUUAUGCUAUUUUGUACAAGAGGCAAAGAUGGUGAAGAUCUGUUGCAUAGGAGCUGGAUAUGUCGGUGGGCCUACUAUGGCUGUGAUUGCCCUCAAGUGCCCAGAUAUUGAAGUAGCUGUUGUUGACAUUUCUGUGCCACGGAUCAGUGCCUGGAACAGUGAUACUCUCCCCAUAUAUGAGCCUGGCCUUGAUGAUGUGGUGAAACAGCGCAGAGGAAAAAACCUAUUCUUCAGCACUGACGUUGAGAAACAUGUUAUGGAGGCAGACAUUGUCUUUGUUUCAGUCAACACACCUACCAAGACCCAGGGUCUUGGUGCUGGAAAAGCAGCUGAUCUUACCUACUGGGAGAGCGCUGCUCGUAUGAUUGCAGAUGUAUCAAAGUCCGACAAAAUUGUUGUUGAGAAAUCAACUGUGCCUGUGAAAACAGCUGAGGCCAUUGAAAAGAUUCUGACUCACAACAGCAAAGGCAUCAACUUCCAAAUUCUUUCCAACCCCGAAUUCCUUGCUGAGGGAACUGCAAUCCAAGAUCUUUUCAAUCCUGACCGAGUCCUCAUUGGAGGUAGGGAAACCCCAGCAGGUGAGAAGGCAAUUCAAGAACUCAAGAAGGUUUAUGCCCGCUGGGUUCCUGAAGAUCAGAUUAUUUGCACUAAUCUAUGGUCUGCUGAGCUUUCAAAGCUUGCUGCCAAUGCCUUCUUGGCACAGAGGAUAUCUUCUGUCAAUGCCAUGUCAGCUCUCUGUGAAGCAACUGGUGCAGAUGUCACUCAAGUGGCACAUGCUGUUGGCAAGGACACAAGAAUUGGGCCUAAGUUUUUAAAUGCCAGCGUUGGCUUUGGUGGAUCUUGCUUCCAAAAGGAUAUUUUGAACUUGGUAUAUAUCUGCGAGUGCAAUGGCCUUCCUGAUGUCGCAAACUACUGGAAACAGGUCAUUAAGAUUAAUGACUACCAGAAAUCCCGGUUUGUCAACCGAGUGGUUUCCUCAAUGUUCAACACAGUCUCCGGUAAGAAGAUUGCAAUUCUGGGAUUUGCCUUCAAGAAAGACACUGGUGACACCAGGGAGACCCCAGCCAUUGAUGUGUGUAAAGGGCUGUUAGGUGACAAGGCUCGGUUGAGCAUAUACGACCCUCAGGUUAAUGAAGAGCAGAUCCAGAGGGAUCUUGCAAUGAAGAAGUUUGAUUGGGACCAUCCUAUUCAUCUUCAACCUUUGAGCCCCACUGCUGUGAAGCAAGUUAGUGUAGUCUGGGAUGCUUAUGCGGCAACAAAGGAUGCUCAUGGCAUUUGCAUCCUGACCGAGUGGGAUGAGUUCAAAAGCCUUGACUACAAGAAGAUUUAUGAUCAGAUGCAGAAGCCUGCUUUUGUCUUCGAUGGAAGAAAUGUUGUGGAUGCAGAGAAGCUGAGGCAAAUCGGAUUUAUUGUGUAUUCCAUUGGAAAGCCCCUCGACGACUGGCUCAAGGACAUGCCUGCUAUUGCCUAAAUACUUGAGAAGCACAUAAUCUGAAGAUACAUGGAGGGUCUGAGUUAUAAUUGAAGUCUGGUACGGGGAGUGUAUGCAUUUGUUGUUUAUUGUAUCGUGUUUUAUUUGUUAUUCCCAUACUCCUACACUCUGGGGCUAUGUUGCGUCUUAUUCUACAUGUAAUAGGAUCCAUAAGAAAUUUGUCUUUAGCUUAGUGGAAUAUCUGAAAUUUGUUAUUCUCAUAGUUUAAUGUAAUAAACCAAGAAAAUUACGGUUUUAUAAAUCCAUCAUUUCUCCUCAUC